CAUGGACCAAACUGCUGCAGAUCCUUUACUCGCUCUUUCAGCAAUACUCCAGCCAGUUAAACUGCGGACAAGGCUGCCAUGACUGAUCCACUCCUACAGUAGAAUCAGGACACGAUGGACAAAUACCUGAGGACAUGGAGGCAAGAUGCCCUCAACAAAGGCCAACAUGAUGCGGCCAUCUACAUUGGAGACAAGGUGCUUGCAUUGACCAACAACGAUUCAGACGCCUUUUGGCUAGCCCAAGUGCAUUUUGGAAAUAACAACUUUACUCGAGCGCUCGCCCUCCUCUCACGCAAGGAUUUGACCAGUCGCAGCCUGUCAUGUCGGUAUCUGGCUGCCCAUUGCUACAUCAAGCAAGGCAAAUACGAACAAGGUCUCGAGCUCCUCGGUGAACAAAACCCUACUCAUCUCACCACCACUUCUCACAAUGCUCGGAGGAAAUUGGCCCAUGUGAAUGGACGAGCCCACCGGGGCAAACUGUUGAGGGAACGAAUCGAAUUGAGCGAGGAACGAGAGCGAGACAGGGAAUCUGAAAAGGAGCUCAAGUUCCAGGCGGGCAUGUGCUACCUGCGUGGUCUUUGUUUUGCCAAACGCAACGCCCUGGACCGCGCAAGAGAAUGCUACAAGGAUGCGGUGCGGAUAGACGUUCAGUGCUUCGAGGCCUUUGACCAGCUGAUGAAGAAUUCCAUGAUGUCGCCCGCCGAAGAGCUUGCAUUUCUGGAAGAACUGGACUUUGACUCUAUCCGCAUUGAGGAUUCUUCCAUGGGACAAGAAGCCGCUCACUUUACCAAAUUACUCUACACCACCAGGCUCUCCAAGUACUCAUCGCCGACGACCCUGGCCGAUGCCACGGAAACGCUUUCGACACAUUAUAAUCUUGCAUCUAAUCCAGACCUACUCAUGACACGGGCUGAGACCCUAUACACACAAUGUCGAUUUCACGACGCGCUCGCCAUCACGACGAGCAUCCUCAACAGCCAGGAACACUCGAAUACAUCACCAGAGGCAUCCAGCAGCAACAGCAACGCAUCUCUUGGCCACAGUCCUCGCCUCUACCCGCUACACCUCGCACUUCUUUACGAGACCGGGUCGCACAACACGCUCUUCCAUCUCUCACACACUCUUUCCACACAUGCCCCCCACGAAUCAUAUACAUACCUGGCCAUUGGAACGUAUUACUUGUCGACUCUUCGCAUAUCAGAAGCACGACGGUUCUUUUCCAAAGCAUCAUUGAUGGAGCCGCACUCGGCGCCGGCGUGGAUUGGCUUUGCUCACACAUUUGCGGCAGAGGGGGAACAUGAUCAAGCAAUCGCAGCAUACUCGACGGCUGCCAGGCUGUUUCAAGGUAGUCACCUGCCUCAGUUGUUUCUUGGAAUGCAACACCUGGCUUUGAACAAUAUGCAACUGGCGUGGGAGUAUUGUAUAGCGGCAUUUGAGAAGAGCAGCGGGGUGAUCAACGCCGACAGCGAUCAAGACCUGGGAACGAGGAUUUCGAACAGUAGUGCACAGAUUGGCGGGGAUCCUCUUGUGCUGAAUGAGCUCGGUGUGAUCCUCUACCACCAAGCCAACCUUCCCGCCGCUGCGAAACUGUUUCACAAGGCUCUCGAACUAGCAUCAGAAUUGGGGUGCAACAUGAGUGCUUGGGUAGCGACCAGAGCGAACCUAGCGCAUGCUUUGAGACGAUUGGGUAAAUUCGAACAGUCAUUGGCCGAGUUUGACGAGUGUCUUAGAACAGCCACGGGAGGUGCAGCGACAGCAGCGACUUAUGAACCUAGCCGGGGUAUGUCCGCAUUUGCGAACCUGAGCAUCACUGGUUCGGGAACCAGUCUCCUGCCCAGUGGAGCAGCCAGUGGCUACGACGAACGAAAUUUGAUUGGCAGCAUUCACACGAGUCGAGGGCUGGUGCUGUUGAGUCUGGGCAAUCGAACCAAAGAAGCCGUGAUGGCAUUGCACGAAGCAGUCCGAGUGCUUGGUGGGGACGCCGGAGGAGGCGGAGUUGCUGGCACGCUUUUGACUCGGGCGAUGGAAUUCUGGGCAUUGGAAGAGGGCCAUGACUUGGAUGUGGAAGCCAUGACGGAUCAGGAUAUGCCGUCGAGAAAGGCUGCAAGAAAAUCAUGGGCCAAGGGUACGUCAACACGUUCCGGGAAGACAGCAUCAGAGCGGAUUAGCAACGAAGAGAAGGUUGAACGGGGGAUGGAUGAAGCUGCUGAUGAGAUCCUGGGAGCAGCAUUACGAUCUGUGGGAUGAGAGUGCAACAGUCACGAGGUCUCUGGACGGCGAGCAUUGGAUAAUAAAAUAGAUCAUUCAGGCCGGGGCUCAUCAUGGACUUGGGUCAAAAGCGUGCACUGUUGUGAAACUAUUGUUGGUAGAGGGAGGUGUACGAGUACGAACAGAACACAGCGCUUGG